AGUGGCAUGUGGGUAUCAAUCAUCUGUAAACUACCACUGUUUCUAGGAACUUUAGUAAUGAAAAGUUUACAUUGGAUUGCAUUCAACAUGGUAGGUCUGAACAUAGUCCAGGCUGCCCUCAGGAUGCUUAUGGUUCUAAAGGUUAUUUAUUACAAAAUUGUUGUGUAAGAAUUAAAUCAAAACUUUCUCAUCCAGGUAUGACAGUGUCUUAAUUAUUAUAUUAUCAAGAUUUAGCAAUAUUUCAGUUUGACAGAAUGAUGGAACUAGAACCAGAGCAAACGGCUAAACAACUGUUUCUGGCAGUCCAACUUAUCUACAUACCCACUACCAUCAUCAACACAGUAGUAGAUUUCAAAACAGGGUUCAUGUCUUCUUACGUUGGAUACCUCGUUGGAUUAAAACCAUCCUCUGGGCAUGAUGUUGCCUUGUACAUAAAUGCUGUAAACAUCAUGCUUGCAGUAACUGGCACAGUAUUUGCCUAUACCUUCAACACUCUGUAUCUGAAGAACAAGCAUGCUCUGAUAAUCCGUCGUGAGAUUGCUUCUCCUCAACAGAAUCUGAUCAGCCUAAAGAAACUGAUUGUUGGAUCACUUGUGUUGGCACUGCUUAUUCUGGCUUUGAUCGGAAUACAAACUCUAGUCCCUCCAUGUAACAGGCAAAAAAGCCAGCCCUUGUUAGUUUGCUACAUCGUAGUGAGUGUUCAGCUCUUAUUUGCCAAGAAUGAGAGUGCAUGGAACCACUUCAAGCAAGUUCUGAGAAUCAAAAGAGAUAAUCUUGAAUUUUCAUCUUUUACUUCAAGGCAAAUAUUUGGAAGAGAGAACAGGGUCUCUACAGUUGCUUAAAUUGACAGCAAGGAUAAUUUCAAGAGGUCCUCCAUGCAAAUGUGAAAAAGUUCAAUUUACAAUGGUACCCAUGUCUGAUCUAGUAUGAAUAAGAUUUCUAUGUUCUUGUUUCUUUUAACUAUUUUGUCACAUUUAUUAUCAAGGGUAUCGUUUAGAUUCAAACAUUGCAGAAUUGCCAUCUUUGCAUGGAGGGUCACUUGAAAUUACACUGACAGCCUCUUUAAGGUGGAGGAAACCAAUCUCUAUACUAAGUAUACUUCAAGAACUGAGAUACUAUUAUUGAGGACAUUUAAAAGAAAAAUCUAGAAAGAUUGACUAAUGAACAAUAAUCUGAUCACUCACUCUCUUAAUAUUGUAGACUUUCCACCAUUAACAUGUUCGUUUAAUUACUAGUUUUUACUUCAAUGUAAUAUGAUAUGAUGUUACUUGCUUUGAGCUUGACACCAUUUAAUUGUUGUAAAUGAUCAAAAGGUAUUUCCUUUUAAAUAUUUUAUUAAGUAAUAAACUAAAAAAAUGACCAGCAAAUAUGGAAUAAACCAAAAGCAA